UCAACCUACCUGCUGUUUGACCUGUUGCGCAGAGGAUCCACAACUCUGUGCCCAUACUUAGUCCUAACUCCUGCUUCUCCAUACCUCCACGGCCACAUUCGCGGCCUAUCCUUUCCGUGCAGCUUGUGUUAGGCGCUAACCGCGGGCCCUUGUCCCAAGUGCUCCAUCGAUCGCGCGCCUCGCCCUACGUUACCACCCACACCUCCCCUCACGCAUCAUGGCAUCACGAAAGAAGGUUCUCUUGAAGGUCAUCAUCCUCGGUGACAGCGGGGUCGGCAAGACCAGCUUAAUGAACCAAUAUGUCAACAAGAAGUUCAGCGCGAGCUACAAAGCCACAAUAGGCGCCGAUUUCCUCACCAAAGAGGUGCUCGUAGAUGACCGCCUUGUGACGAUGCAGCUGUGGGACACCGCCGGGCAGGAGAGGUUUCAGUCGUUAGGCGUAGCCUUCUACCGCGGCGCGGACUGCUGCGUGCUCGUCUACGACGUCAACAACUCCAAGAGCUUUGACACACUGGACAGCUGGCGCGACGAGUUUCUGGUGCAAGCUAGCCCAAUGGACCCGGAGAGCUUCCCUUUUGUCGUGAUCGGAAACAAGAUCGAUGUGGAGGAGAGCAAGAGAAUGAUCUCGCAAAAGCGUGCCAUGACCUACUGCCAAUCCAAGGGCGGUAUUCCCUAUUUUGAGACGAGCGCAAAAGAGGCUAUCAACGUAGAGCAAGCGUUUGAAGUCAUCGCGCGACAAGCUUUGGCACAGGAGGAAGUGGGCGACUUCAACUCUGACUUCCCAGAGACGAUUCCGAUUGACCUGAAGCCUGGAGGUGACGGCAGCUGUGCUUGCUAGUCUUGGGCGUGUUCUGUGCAUCCAGCGCUUCGGCGACUGCAUAUUCUACCUGAGUCUGUUGCGGAGUUUGGUGUCUGGCGCGUGCAUAUCUCUCUGACGAGAGAAUUUCUUCUCACUCGAUUCGUUUCUUGUACGCAAUACACUGGCAGAUUACAUAGUACCCAAAGUGCAAUAUAGUAGGAAGCAUGAGUUAUUGGCCAGAUGCAGCGUUG